GAGCCGGCAGCAGCAGCCGGCCAUGGAGGAGCCGGCGCCGCGGCGCUUCACCUGGGCGGAGGUCGGGCUGCGCACGGGCCGGGGGCCGCCGCCGCAGGAGCGCUGGCUGGUGAUCGACAGGAAGGUGUACGACAUCAGCCGCUUCUGCCGGCGGCACCCGGGGGGCGCCCGCGUCAUCAGCCACUACGCCGGGCAGGACGCCACGGAUCCUUUCAUAGCAUUUCAUCUUGACAAGGCACUGGUCAGAAAGUAUAUGAGUCCACUGUUGAUUGGGGAACUAGCACCAGAUCAACCCAGCUUUGAACCCAGCAAGAAUAAAAGACUGGUAGAAGACUUCCGGGAACUCCGUGCAACUGUUGAGAAGAUGGGGCUUCUCAACCCCAACUGCAUGUUUUUCAUCCUGCAUCUCUGUCACAUCCUGCUGUUGGAUGUUGCAGCCUGGCUCACCAUCUGGUAUUUCGGAUCAUCCAUAGUGCCUUUCCUCUUCUCUGCAUUACUUCUAGGCAUCGUCCAGGCCCAGGCUGGCUGGCUUCAGCAUGAUUUUGGACAUCUUUCAGUAUUUAGCAAGUCCAAAUGGAACCACUGGGUUCACAAAUUUGUGAUUGGCCAUCUCAAGGGAGCACCAGCCAGCUGGUGGAAUCACCUCCACUUCCAACACCAUGCUAAACCCAACUGCUUCCGAAAGGACCCUGACGUUAACAUGCACCCUUUAUUUUUUGCCUUGGGAAAAAUACUUUCUGUAGAGCUUGGUGUAAAGAAGAAGAAAUUCAUGCCUUACAACCACCAGCACAAGUACUUCUUCAUCAUUGGUCCCCCAGCUCUGGUGCCUCUUUACUUCCAGUGGUAUAUAUUCUACUUUGUGAUACAGAGGAAACAGUGGGUGGACCUGGCCUGGAUGCUGACCUUCUACAUCCGAUUCUUUCUCACCUACUUGCCCUUACUUGAGGUGAAAGGUAUCCUGGGGCUUUUUCUAUUAGUCAGGUUCAUAGAGAGUAACUGGUUUGUCUGGGUUACACAAAUGAAUCACAUCCCGAUGCACAUCGAUUAUGAUAAGAAUGUGGACUGGUUCUCUACCCAGCUCCAGGCAACCUGUAAUGUUCAUCACUCCUUAUUCAAUGAUUGGUUUAGUGGACACCUGAACUUCCAAAUCGAACACCACCUUUUUCCCACAAUGCCUCGACACAACUACUGGAAGGUGGCCCCCCUGGUGAAGUCGCUGUGUGCCAAACAUGGCAUUGAGUACCAGUGCAAGCCAUUACUCACUGCCUUUGCAGACAUUGUGCACUCUCUGAAAGAUUCGGGGGAACUCUGGCUUGAUGCUUAUCUACAUAAAUAAAAAUCAGUGGAUCCUUGCAGAGGAAUUCCCCACCCUUGUUGCCUCCUGUGGUCAUCACCAUGAAGAUACCUCACAGAGGAGAGAGCUGGCUAAGCCAGAGGUGGGGAUAUGCCCCAGCUUAAUUCGAGUGAUGAAUGUAAUUAAUUCGAUUUAUUUUAUUUUUUUAAGAUGUGUUCUUAAUUCUCUCAUGCUUCUUUCAUUCCUCUUCUCUGGUGAUGAGUUGCAUGGAAAAGCAGAAUGGAGGAGGCUCCACCAAGCUGGAAGUGGCUUUGGGACAGGGAACAGAUACCUUUUUCUGCUGAUAUUUUAUUUACUAAGUAGAUUAGAGAUUUUUCUCCUAUAUAUCAUAGGUUUUGUGAUAUGGCUAUCAUUAUGAAUGAACUAAGAAAGCUGAGACUGUGAGAUUGGAGAACACAGGAGUUUUUGAGAUGAAAAGGCAAUAAGAAGAAAUGGUGUAGGUGCUACAUUUUCAAAUAUCUAUAUGUGAUUAACAAUAGCAAUAGACGUGCCCAAUGUGAGAGGGAGGGGGGAAAUAUGAGAGCCUAAAUGUAUGUAUAUGGGUGACGGGGAGGAGAUGCAGGCAAUAAUUGUGUAGAAAUAAGUGUGAGAAAGAGAGACCAAAGUGGAAGAAAUCCUAGCUGAGGUAGGGAACUAGGAAAAUUCCCUUCCCUGGGGAAGUGGAUGUGACAGUUUGGCAUGCCAUGCUCUGUGGGAAUGCCAAUACCUUGUGCAUCUCUUUUACAGUGAAGGCCUCUGGGCUACUUGCAGAUUUAUAAUUUCCCUUGGAAUCUCUGCAAGCAGUUUUCACAGCACCAUACUUCUGAGAGCUAUUGAACCAAUUACUGGUAGUCAGAAGAGACAGACAUGGAAAGUCCAUACUCUGGAUCUUUAUAUGGGUUACUGAGGAAGCAAAAGGGUAAUCAGUCUGUGGCUACCUGAAGCUUAUUUUUUUUUGAACCUCUGUACUAAUGAAUGGUUUGUUAAGUGGAGAGGACUUAGGACUUUUGGCCCAUGGAGCAUGAGGUGUUUCUAUCUGAGCUGAGAACAAAUGCAAUUUUGUUGUGGAAGUGUUAGUGUUUUGGGUACUGUUUAAAUGAAUUUUAUCUUUCAACCAGCAGAAGUCAGCGGGCUGCAUUCCCGUAAGCACACAGCCAGUACAUUGCUGGUCAUUAUCUGUUGGAUGAUGUGCCUUCAAAACACACUCCAAGAGGGCAUGUAUUGUGUCAUCUAUUGGGGUUAGCCUUACUCCAUUUCCUCAUGUCUUAUUGUUUGUUACACCAAUGUUACAGAUGCCAAACUGGACACUUUGUAUAGCACUGAUGAAGACGCUCCAUCACCUUUUUAUCUUUAAGCCUUUAGCUUUUUUAACUGUAUUCUGAGACCAGUCCCAUUUUCUACUGUCUGAUGUAAAUGAACAAGGUGGUUUUCCAUCUAUUUUAUGCUCUUUUCUGUCCUUGUCACUAACUGUGUUCAGUCGAUUUGCCUGACAUGAUGUGCCUGAUUCCAAGACUGAAGAAACAGGUAGCUUAGUUCUCAGAAGGGAUGGGUUGAUUUUCAGGAAGAUACGGUGCUUUCCUUCUUUGGUCAAUGUCCCCAAGGAGACUGGCUUGUGAGGGAAUGGAAGAACUUCUUUCCAGGCCAAGACUGUUGUUAAGUACAGAAUGAAUUUUUAAUGAAAAUAAAAUUAUUAUUAAAUCCUGUUCAUAAAGACCAUAAAGAAAAUCGCUUUCAGUUACUCUUUUGGCUCCUGUUUCUUAUUCUGUUUCCUUUCCCUCUUAUCACUAGAACUGCUGAUGGAGGAAAGUCUAAUAAUAAAAUUCCUUACCUUACCAAU